AUGGCGUCCAGCAGUAAAUGGCUGUCUGGGGUGAAUGUCGUGCUGGUGAUGGCCUACGGGAGCCUGGACUUGAAAGAGGAGACUGAUAUUCGACUAUCCAGGGUUCAGGAUAUCAAGUAUGAACCCCAACUCCUUGGAAAGGAUGAUGCUAGGCUGCUGCAACUGGAGACCCAGGAAAAUCAGAAGAUCCCAUUUCAUGCUGAUGGCCAGCAUCCUCGUUCCUUAAUGCACAAGAAUUUCCGCUCCUACUUGCUAGAUCUAAGAAACACUAGUACUCCCUUCAAGGGUGUGUGCAAAGCCCUCAUUGAUACCCUGCUAGAUGGCUAUGAAACAGCCCUCUAUGGAACAGGGGUCUUUGGUCAGAAUGAAUACCUGCGCUAUCAAGAGGCCCUGAGUGAGCUGGCCACUGUGGUCAAAACACGAAUUGGGAGCUCUCAGCGACAACACCAAUCAGCAGCCAAAGACCUAACUCAGCCCCCUGAAGUCUCCCCCAACAACCAUCCAGGUGACAUACCUCCUCUCCAGUCAGAAGAGUAA